AUGUUGACGUGGACUGAGUUAUUUGCAAGUAAAUUUGUGCCUGUACAUUCUGAUCUAACAGACAAUUUUGUUGAUCGUCUAAAUUAUCUGUACACUGUAGCCUUAUUUAUGUUUAUGGCUGCAGUUACUGGUGCGAAACAACAUUUUGGCACAGCUAUUCAGUGUAUGGUGCCGGCACAUUUCCCUGGGACAUGGGUUAAUUAUGUUCAAGAUUACUGUUUUGUAAGCAACACGUAUACCGUGAAUACAAGUGCAGUUAUUGCAAUAGGACAAGAAGCGAAUGUACUGAAAGAAGAAAUCGUUUAUUAUCAGUGGGUACCCUAUGUCCUGCUGGUGCAGGCGUUACUUUGCUAUACACCGAAAUUUCUAUGGAAUAUUGUUAUAGAGCAUGGUGAGCAAAGCUAUUCAGAUUUACGUUCAGUUCUGGAGGAAGCAAUAAAACUGCCAGGUAUUACAUCAGUAUCAGCCCGUCAAAAGCAUCUUAGAAAAGUUGCUAACUUUGCUGUGGGAUAUAUUAGAUAUAAGCAAAGAAAACUGGGUUACUCAUGCUUGUCCGGAUAUCACUGUUUUCUGUUUUAUCUGUUCAUGAAAUGGUUAUAUUUUGGCUGUUGUCUUUGUCAGGUUUUGCUGAUAAAUAAUUUUGUUGGUGAUGGAAGUCUGCUUUGGGGUUACCAUUUCACAGAGCAAGUUUUUAGAGGUAAUGAUUGGAAAGUGUCUAAUAUGUUUCCGCGUGUUACAUUUUGUGAUGUCGAAACCACACAAGUUGGUCAAAUGAACACGUAUACGAUGCAGUGUGUACUGAUGAUCAAUGUUCUAAAUGAAAAACUGUAUGUCGCAUUAUGGUUUUGGCUGAUGAUUUUGAUGGUAAUUGAUGGAGUGAAUGCAGUAAAUUCAACACUGCUAUUGCUUUGUCCUUAUUUGCAAUAUACGCGUAUCUUGUCACUAUUACAGGCUGAUCAUAACUGCAUUGAUAUGAGAGCUAAAAGUUAUUUGCUUAACUUUGCGGUACACAUACUUCGUCCUGAUGGUAUAUUAUUAUUAUCGUUUGUAAAAAAUCGUAUGAACGGCUUGUAUGCCAGCGAUUUAACUCGUGAAAUUUGGUUAGUAGCCGACGACGAUCAAAAUCCAUAUUUUGUUUGA